AUUCCAAUCUCACUCUAAUGACUUGUUUAUAAAGAGAUUUCUGCUUCCACAAUUUUCAUAAAACAUUUAUCUGUUAAUGAGUGAAAAAAAAACUACCAAGUCAUGGCUGAUGAGGUGGUUUUGUUAGGUUUCUGGAUAAGUCCUUAUGGGAUGAGAGCAAGAAUAGCCCUUGCUGAAAAGGGUGUCAAGUAUGAGUUCAUAGAUAAAGAUCCCAGGGAGAAUUGGCCUUAUCUUCUACAAAUGAACCCGGUUCACAAGAAAAUCCCGGUUCUAAUCCACAAUGGCAAACCUAUUUGUGAGUCACUUGUAAUUGUUGAGUAUAUUGAUGAGGUUUGGAAGGAUAGAUCUCCUUUGUUGCCUUCUGAUCCCUACCAGAGAGCACAAGCUAGAUUUUGGGCUGACUAUGUUGAUAAGAAGAUAUAUGAAGCUGGAAAGAAAGUGUAUAGGACCAAAAAAGGAGAAGAACAAGAAGCAGCCAAGAAGGAAUUCAUAGAUAUGCUCAAAUUGUUGGAGAAACAGCUGGGAGACAAGGCUUAUUUUGGAGGAGACAGACUUGGUUUGGUAGAUAUAGCCCUAAUCCCAUUCUACAGUUGGUUUGAAACCUAUGAGAAGUUUGGAAACCUUAAUAUAGAGAUUGAGUGCCCUAAGUUCAUUGCAUGGGCUAAUCGGUGCAUGCAGAUUGAGAGUGUUUCCAAGUCUCUUCUUCCUAACCAGCAUAAGGUCUAUGAGUUCAUUGCAGAUGCCCUAAAGAAAUUAGGAUUUUCGUAAUCAUUGGUGUUGUUGUCGACAAAGGGUUUGGACCGGAGUGGGACAACAUAGAAGUGGUGGUGAUGGUAUAGUGUGAACGUUUGGUGAAGACAGUGAGGAAUACCCGUAACAAUUCAUAUAUCAUUUAUCGUCUAAUAUCUUAUUUGUUUUUAAUUUUC